AAAUGGCAAUAGCUGCAGCCUUUUUUUUUUAUUUAAUUAAAUUUCGUAAUUUUCCUCGCUUUUCUUGUAUUUCCUUCUGUAUUUCACGAAUCUUCUGAAGCUUUUUUCUCUGGAUUUAAGUUGCGUCAGAAAUGUCAUCUACAGUAGUAAACAAUAAUAAUGAUCCUCGCAGGCCUGAAAGAAUCCAAAGAUAUAAACUGCCAUCACUGAAUGCAACUGGUAGUCCUGGAGAUGAUCCUAUUCCUGACUACAUGAAUGUCCUCAGCAUGUUUUGCAGUAUGUUUGGGCUCAUGAUGAAGAUGAAAUGGUGUGCUUGGAUUGCUCUUUAUUGUUCAAGCAUUAGUUUUGCUAACUCUCGGGUGAAUGAUGAUACUAAACAAAUUUUGAGUAGUUUCAUGCUGUCCAUAUCAGCAGUAGUAAUGUCAUACUUGCAGAAUCCUCAGCCAAUGACGUUACCUGGAACAUCAUAACACAGGACCUCAAAUGCAAACACCUUAUUCUUAAUUUUCAUAAUGUUUAUUUAAUUCAAGGAAUGAAAUAUUGUCAAAUGUCUCAUUACUAUAAAACUGAUAAAAGGAAUAAUUAUUUCUCUGACAUUGUAUGUUAUUAAAUAAAAUGCAACAUUUUGUAAAAUCAUGAUUUCAAGAUGUCUUUGUUGAAAAAAAAAAUGUGAUACUCUAAAUUUUAAUAAAAGUUAUUGAUUUGUUUUCUUUGA